CCAGGCUACAUGUUAAAUGAUCUAAUAAUAAUUUCAAAAAAUGGUGAAAGAGGGUUUGUAAAUGUAAGCAAUAAGCAUUUACUUAUUGAAGCUGCAAAAAAUGGUAAAUUGCCUAAAUCAAUACAAGAUGUCGAAGUAGGUAACAUAAUACCAGGAUAUGUGAAAAGUAUUACUGAUUAUGCUGUAUUUAUUGGUUUCUUGGGUGGGUUUACCGCAAGGGCCAUGAGACAUACUAUUGCGGACCAUUAUGUCGCCAGUCCUGUUGGAUUAUUUUAUCCUCAUCAAUCAGUCAUUUGCCGUGUAAUUUCUGUUGAUACUGAAAAUUCAAGGUGUGAAGUGUCUUUAAAGUUAUCGGAUACCCCCGUUACUGCACUUCCAUACAUAUCGCAAGGCGAUUUUAUAAGAACCUAUUUUAAUGAACUUAUACCUCAAGAUGGACAAACGUCAAUUUCAACCAUCGAAAAAAAGGUCGAUAUCGGUGAAAUAGUUAAAUGUAAAGUAAACAAGCAAAUAUCUGAACGUGGAGUAUCAGGAUUUAAAGGGAAUGUCCUCUUAGAGGACAAUACGGAUGUCAAGAUAAAAGGGUUUAUACACGAAUAUCAAGCAAACUGUAGGGAUGAAGGGGUUAACGUGAAUGAUCUUUUAUAUGGAAUUGUGCUUGACUUAGAUAUGAAAGGAAAGCAAGCAGAUCUGGCAGUAAGACCUGAAUUAGUAGAUAAAUUUAAAAUACAGAGCAACAAGCCGAUUAAUAAUAAAUAUAAGGAACUCAAGAAGGUUUCUAAAAAGGGUAUUGCAGUUGAUGCCAUUAUUGAACUAGUUAAAGAUGACUAUAUUAUUGUUUCUCUUCCGGAACAAUGGAAUACGAUUGCAUUUGCUGCGGCGAAAAGCUAUAAUAAUCGAACACAACCUUUUAUGCGAUAUUCUUUUGGACAAAAAGUAAAAGUACAAAUAGUUCACGUUCCACAACAUAAGAAUGAAAAUAAUGUCAACGAUAAUAGUGUCAUAGAUCGCGUUUUGGUGGCACUUCAACAAGCAGCUGAUCAAGAAAAAUUUAUGAUAUCAGGUACAAAAUCUAUUGAAGAUUUUUCACCUGGACAAAAGAUUAAGGGUACUAUAACUGCAGUAGAAAAAUACGGUGUUUUUAUCAAGAUUAAUAAUAGUUCUGUAAGUGGUCUCUGUCAUAUAUCAAAAUUAUCAGAAGACUUUGUUAAAGAUGUGUCAGCACUAUAUAAAACUGGACAACAUGUAACUGCAGUGGUUUUGAACAUUGAUUAUACUACACAAAAAGUCGCUUUUGGUAUUAAAAACUCGUGUUUUAAGGAGCAUGGUAUAGAUUUACUUGAUGAAUCAGAUCAGGAUAUGGAUGAUGAUAUGGAGGUUGAAGAUGAUGCUGAAAAAUCAAAUUUACAGAUGGAAAUUGAUUCAGAUGAUCAAGAAAGUCAAAUGUCUGAUAUUAAUGAAAGUGAUAAUGAAAUGAUGGAAGUAAACAACAAUUCGCAAAAAGUUGAAAUCACGCCUUUGCCAAUUUCUAAAGAUAAAACAGAAGAUUUAUUGAAGCAUAAACCUGAAGUCAAUACUGAUUUUGAACGAUUACUCCUGGGUUCUCCUAAUUCUUCAUAUUUAUGGAUUAAUUACAUGGCUCAUCAACUCAAACUUUCUGAAAUAGAUAAGGCACGUGAAAUUGGUGAACGUGCUCUUAAAACUAUCAAUUUUCGAGAGGAACAAGAAAAGAUGAAUAUAUGGGUUGCUCUUAUGAAUUUAGAAAAUAAUUUUGGAACGGAUGAAAGUCUCGGUGGUGUACUGAAAAGAGCAUUACAGGCUUGUGAUCAAAAGAAAAUAUAUAUACUUCUCGUGGAUAUUUAUGAGCGGUCAGACAAGGAGGAGCUUGCACAACAAACAUAUCAAACUAUGUUGAAGAAGUUUUCUCAAAGCUCCAAAGUUUGGACAAAGAUGGGAUUGUUUCAUAUCAAGCAUGGUAACGUUCAAGCUUCUCGUGAUUUACUUCAACGAAGUUUGCGUUCCUUGCCAAAACGAAAACAUAUUAAAAUCAUAGCUAAAUUUGCACAAAUGGAAUUCAAAUAUGGAGAGGCUGAGAGGGGUCGUACAAUAUUUGAAGGAAUGAUGAGUAAUUAUCCCAAGAGAGUAGACUUGUGGUCUGUAUAUAUUGAUAUGGAAAUAAAGGCUGGUGAUUUCGAUAUAGUUCGGCGUCUUUUCAAAAGAAUUAUUGAAAUGAAGUUUUCAUCAAAAAAUAUGAAAUUUUUCUUUAAAAAAUGGUUAGCAUUUGAAAAGGAACAUGGUAAUGAAGAACAUAUAAAUCAUGUCAAAGAAAUGGCACAAAGUUUCGUAGAAUCAUUAAACUAG